AUGGCUAGAACUUUGAUAAUACGAGCCAAAACGGACGUUUGGCCAAGAGAAGCUAGCCUGCGAGGUUCCCGUGUCUGGGCACAAGUCGGGCAGCCUCUGAAUCCAACGCGGUGUCGUCGUGUGAAGGAGAAAGCCCUGUCGCGGACAGCCAGCGGCAACAAAAGCACCAUGAACUUCAACUGGUUCUUAUCGUGGCAGGCAUGGGCCGUAAGCGCGGCGCUGAUCGGGGUCACUCUGAUACCACUUGGUACUUUCUGGGGCUUCAAUCUGUGCGGAAAACACGGCAGACACCAAGCCCAACCGCUGAGAUUGACACGGAUUUUCCUGCACAUGGCGUUUCCAGCCUACCUAUUGGCCGUGGCCACUGCCAUCAUCUUCCCGGUCACCGCGAUCGUGCGUGUCCGAGACCAGAUGGACGAUCAACGAAUGAUUGACCUCAACUGGCAAGCGGCGGUGACAAGCUUCUACGGAUCAGCCGUUUCCUCACUCCUCGCCACGGCGGCGAGCGUCCUUGCGUCUCAUGCAGUCUAUCUCGCCGGACUAUCCGUUUGGUAUCUGGUGUUGGCGAAGAAGAAGUGGUGGAAGGCGGCGCAGCUGGAUACCAUCUUCGCAACGGUGGUACUGAUUGCCUUCGACAUUGCCUGGUUCGCCAAGACGAUCGCAGAUUUUUUGAAACCAGAUGCAGAUCGCAUCCGACUAGAUUGGCUGCUUGUCAUAAUCAAUCUCGCUCUGUGUCUCGUCGCGGCGUUGAAUGUUGGGCUCGCCAUCUAUUGCGCGGCGAAGUUGAACAGACGAGGCGACCUUGUCGUCGGGAACUUACCUAGUCUCUUUCUCGCAGCGUCUCUCCUCUGGCUGCUUCGCUGCGCCUUCGUUUUGGCGGUUGAAGUGAAGUACGCUAUUCCAAACUGGAUUAAAACCGAGCUAUCUACGCAGAAAAUAAUCUAUCCCAUCCUCGACUACUGGGUCUCGGCUACUGUCCUGGGGCUGGUCACUUUUAUGGUGCGCAACCGAGUCUGGUCGGACCCGUCCGUGUUCGCGGACCGGGGGCACUGGCAGCAGCGGAUCUAUGUCCAGCCUAUGAGUCAAUACUCACAACCGCAAUACGGACAGCAGCAGCACCAGCAGGUGUGUGAGAACCCUCACCAGGACUACCAACAACAACAACAACAACAACAACAACAACAAGGGGCCGCUAACAUGUCACUCGCAGGUACCCGAGCGAUGGGACCGCGGAUUCUACGCCCUUGCGGGGCACCGCCGCCGUCAGGUGUCUACAAUUCGUUGGAAGAAGCCUGGGAAGCGAUUGGGCGCCACGCAGCCACCAAUGGGUACAGAGUCGUCAAAAAUGGAUCGAAGAAGGGGAAUGCCCUCUUCCGAUGCGCUAAGGGCCGAGUUUACAAGUCAAAGGCCAACCUCGAGGUCCACGAAUCGAAGCGCCGCAAGACCAGCUCCCAGUUCACGGGCUGCCCGUUCAAGUUCAAGGCUAAGCCUUUGCUAAACGGCCAGUGGGCUCUGGAGGUGCCCGAGGGAAUUGCGCACAACCACGGAUGGAACGAAGAGACUGCUUUUGCUGCCUCGCGAGCCGAGAAGUUGAAGCCGUUGGAGCAGGAGGUUAUUGAGCUAGCGAACAAGGGCGUCAGGCCGGCGCAGAUCCUGGGAAAGAUACAUGCGGAUGAGCUCGGGAUCUUGGGAAAGGAUAUCCACAACCUUCUCCAGCGACAUCGCCGCGAGGAGCUAAAGGGCCGAUCCCCCCUCCAGGCUCUCUACGAGGACCACCUUACCUUCCAGGGCAGCCUAUUUGUUUGGAGAGAUACCCGGGAUGCCCAGAAUCGAGUCACCUCCUUAACCAUUGCUCCCAAAACUGGCCUUGGACUGCUAAAGCAGAACCAGACAUUCUGCUGCUUGACGCCACAGGGUGAAGGUAUUCCCAAGCCUGGCCUUAUGGUCUCUAAUCGAGAACUGGCCUUGCUAAAGGCCCUCAACAAGAGCUCAUGGGCUGCAGUACCGCACCUUCUCUGCCGCUGGCACGUCAACAUGAAUGUACUCGCCAAGGCUCGCCGUCAUUUCCCCCCGGCCACGAAGGUGGGCGCGGAAUAUCAGCGUCACCCCAAGUUCAAGGAGUUCCUUAAAGAAUGGAACGCUCUCCUUGCCGCAAGUACCGAGGAGGUUUACGAGAGUACCCUGGCCAAGUUCAAGGCGCCAGGCCGGCACCCCGAGGAGGCUAUAAAGUACGUGACCAAGACUUGGCUUGAUCCGUGGAAGGAAAAGCUGGUGGCUGCUUGGACCAACAAGGUGCCUCACAUGGGCCACGUCACGACUUCUGCAGUGGAAUCAGCGCAUUCUGCUAUCAAGAAGUACCUCAUCAGCUCCAAAGCCGACCUCAAGAGCAUCUCCCCCUUCGCGCUUGAGCUACUCGCGAUGGAGAUUGCAGCUCUACCUGCGAAGAACGCUCCGCUCGAGGGGAGUACUUGCUCCUGCAGUCUCCCGACCACUCACGGACUCCCCUGCCGUCAUACUCUAUAUAAGCACAUUAACGGCGUCAUCCCCCUCGAGCUAAAGCAGGUCCAUAAGCAUUGGUGGAACUACCGCCCAGUUACACUCGUACAGGAGCAGCCGAUGACCAGCAGCAUGCCGGAUAUCCCGCUAAACCCUCUCGCGGUUAAGGGCAAGGGCCGCCCCUUUAGAGCGAUCGCCACGAAGAAGGGCGAGGGCAUCAAGAGUACAAAGCGGCUACCUUCAGCGUUCGAGCAUGAGCUUAAGGAUGAACUGGCUACAGCCAUUCCCUCGUCAACAGCCCCGCCGGUGCUGCAGAAAGCAUCCAAAAGCAAGGCACGAGGCCGCCCCCGGAAGCAACAACAGCAGCCACAGCAGCCACAGCAGCCGCAACCACAGCAGCAGGAGACUCAGGAAGCCGACUGUAUCGUGGUCGCUGGUGCCUCUGGAGAACGUACGAGCACACCUACCGAGGAGGUCACAACCACAUCGCUAGGUCUGCAGCGGUUAAGCCAGGCUGGUGAAGAUACGUUCGAGCGUGGCACUAUUCGCCCUCGAGCCCACCAGCGCAUCAUUGACGGCCUCGAGAUCGUAAAUCCAGAUGCUGAAGAUAUGCAUGAUGCCCUGCUUCGGGACCUCGAGGCUGAUAGACUCGCGCUUACGGAGGAUGAUCUAGUUCUUCAAGAUGGGAACGAUGAGACAGCUUGA